CAGGCUGCUGGGCUGGGAGUAGCUACUUCAGCUGGGGGGCAUGCUGUAGCUGUAUGGAGCUUGCCGAGAGGGGCUGGACCUAUCUCAGUGCAGGGUGGCCUAAGUGGAUGAAGGAUCGCUGCAGUGUUCACAGGAACGCAGACCCCCCUGUCGGAGCCUCAUCACCAGCCCGAGGUCUGAAAACCUCCCACCUCUUUUGAAUGGCCUCGCAACUGCAUAGCAACUGCAUUCCCAAAACACAAGGCAGCCAACCACUGCAAGCAAGUACAAGUAAGGAACAGUGUUCUGCGUGCGGAGCCAAGUAAUGGAAAGCUGGGUUCUAGAGGGAGACAGUUACUCAUUCCUCCGCAGCGCCCCACGCAACUUCAACCUACGGCAACGAGAGGGGCCCAAUCGCGUGGAGAUAUUUGACAUCACUAGCAUCCCCAGUUCACGUAGCGAAAUUUCGGAAACCACCUGCCUCUGUGACAUUUUCGGAGAUGACUGUGAGUCUCCGUCUCUUUCCAGCAGUCCAGCCUCAACAUCAUUUCUGAAAAAAGAAGUGGAAACACACUUACCGGUAGAAGAUGUCAACGAUUCAUCAGGGUCGUACCAUACUGCACAUAGCUCAGAGCAAUUGAGUGACACAAGUGAUUCAUUUGAGGAUUCACGAGACAGCCUUAAGCAAGCAACAAAGGAAUCACUUUUACCUAAAACUAGGGAAUCAAUCCCAGCACCAACGGAUUUAAACUCUCUGAACAAUAAAACUGUGGAUACCUAUGAAAAUCACUCAACUUUACCUUCGCCUUCAAACAAAGUAGAUGAUGGUAAUUUGUCACAAACAGAAAGUCAAAAUGAACCUAUUUUGGCUCAAAACAUAGAUGAAUCUGCCCAAUGUCUGGCAUUGUUGACAUCUGACGUUAGAGACAAUACCAACAAUUGUAGAGUAACUGAUUCGUCAGAGACAUCAGAGACAAUUACUCCUGAACUUAAUCCCCUUAAUUCAUCCGAUAUCAAGGCUAUCUAUACAGAGCAAACCGAGAUUUCAUCAUCUGAUUGCGAGGACUUUAGUACUCCACCAAUACCCCACCAGCCAGAAAGUCCAAUUUUGGAAAACCAAGAUCACCCACUCACGUAUGGGCCUCUUGAUAAGUUUUCCCAAGAGAUAAAAGAAAUAACUCCAUAUUCAGAAGCUUCUGCUGAGGAGGACAAUGUCUUCACCAACCCUGAAGAAAAUGAAUCAAAUAUCUCUUCACUUGAUACUAGAGGUAGUUGCAUUUCGACCAUAAAAGAUGUUCCAGAAGUUCAAGAAGAAGGACAAAGUAAUGAAACUGGUCUUACUAACUUAGACAGACUCGAAAACAGUGACUUGACUCCGGUCGAGAUUUGUCCUUUAACACCUGAUUCAUCAAGCCCUUCAAUGAGGGCUUUAACACCUGAUACUUCUUUAACACCUCCGCUCGCACAAAUGGAUACAAAUUUUGACUCUAAAUUUGAUGCUACACUUGAGAAAAAUGAUUUAGCAAUCUCCUCACCUGAAACCAUUAACCGUCAUCAGUCAGCUCCACUAACUGAUGAUAAAGCACCAGAAGCACUGCAAGAGCAACCUUCACAAACUCCUUCAACUCCUGCUGCUGAGGAUGACACAGAAAUAAAUGUGUCAUCAUUUGAGUAUCAGCGUCCAAUGGUUUCUCCUGAAGCACUGGAGAUGGUAGUCUCACCUGAUCCCAGAAGAUUGUCCUUCAUCUCUGACACAACAGAAAGUCUUGCAUCACCUGAGGUUAGUGAGUUUCGCUCAUUCUCAGGAUGCUCCUCAAUGGCUGCUCAUUCCACAGAACCAUCAAUAGUCAUAUAUUCGCCAGUGGGUUACACCAUCAGCCCUUCACCAGAAUUUGAAAGAAGGGGUUUUGCAUCUGAACCUGAAACUAUAUCAUCCACACCAGAGAUGAUCCACCAAGAAACAGAUUAUUCAGUAACUCCUACGGAUUUCCAAGGCUCUGUUUCCUCAGUUGAUUCAAAAUUAUGCCUCACACCAGAGUCUCGAAGCCUUACAUCCACACCAGAGAUCAGUCAAGAGUUUCUCACACCAGAUUCCAUGCCUACAGCUUUUUCUCCUGAACUGAGGUCUGCAACUUCUCCAAGGACUUCUCCUGAAGUUAAAACAAUGGCAUGUAGUAUCCUGUCACCAAACCCACCAUCGCCUCAGAUUCAGGAAAUAACAUACAGAGUUGUUUCACCUCAAAACCAAGUCUUGGUCCUACCACAGUAUUCUGAAGUAGAGGAAAUGAGAUUCACUGAAAGCUCACUCACACAUCCUGCAGUUGACAUGUCAAACCUUGCCAGGGACUCACCUAGCACCUCAAAACAUCAAAAUGCAUCACCAACACCAGAAAACAUGUCCAGAGCAUCCUCAACGACUUUAAGCCUUUCCAGGGAUGCAACAUCAUCCCCUGAAAUUAGAGUUCAACAUUCACCUGACAGAUUUAUUGAUGAAAUUUUUGUUCCAGAUGUUUGCACCCCUUUGGAGCCAAACAUUGAGGAGGUGGAUCUUCCAUCACUUGUGCCAGAUGACUUGUGUCUGCAUUCUAUCCAGGAAGAGCCUGAUAAAAGCUGUAGCCCUGCUCUAGAUGAAUGCAAAGACUUUGCCUAUGAAAAUACUGAAGAGAUUUUGGUCACUGAAGCUUUUGGAGAGCCUCUGUCCACUGAACCUCCUGGUCAGACAAUAAAAGAUUCAGAAGCUGUACCUUCUGGAGGUGAUUUACCUGUAAUGCAAGUACAGAAUGUGGAAGACAGUACAGAAAAUAUUGACAAUGAGAGUCUAUCAGAUUUAAUUACAAAUGAAAAUGCAAGGCCUGCAUCAAUGGUAAUGUUAACUGCACCUACAGCAGAGGAAAGGAAAAUUUUGGAAGACAAUGACAGUAGAAGUGGAAGAGGAGAUAUGUUGGUAAGAGGAUCAGGAGGUAGUGGAAAGCCACCUGUCCAUGUGCCUGCUAGACCAAGGGAAAGCCCCAAUUUUUUCCAUUGUGGCAAUGAUAGAGAGUAUGACAGACAGUCAUGCAGGAACAAGGGGUGGAGUAAAGAAAGGGUGGUGCAGGGGGAGCGUACAUCUGGGAAAGGGGAGGAGAAUCUAGUAGAGGGUAGUUACAGAGAGGAACAGGUUGAACUGUCAUUCAGGGACAGGAAUAGAAAAGGGCCUGCAAGCCACAGUGCUGCUCCCUCAAGUGGAGACCCAAAGUCUGGAAUUCCAGCUCGCUGUUAUUUUGAGUCUCCCCUGACAACUCGGCAGCAACAGAGUCAUCUCCGAGCACAGGGCGUACAAAAAGAGAACAAGAGUAGUGCCAGAAGGGUCCAAUCAGGUUUCCAGAGCAAACACAGCGGCGCUGGUUGUCCUCCUUCAGGAUGUACUGCUGAGACCUCCAGUAUGGGAAGUGAGUUUGACGAGGCAGACAAUGAGGUGAAAUGGUUCACAGACGUGGCCUUUACGAGCCUAUCCAGUCCUCAGGGGGACUACUUGGAUGUCUACAGCUCAAGCCACAGGUCAUCGACAAAUGUUUCUCAGCCAUCUACUGUGGACAGUCCCAGUGCUGCUACGUGGAUGUCCUAUGCAGAUUUGCAUGCCUCAGCAGUACAUGAAAAUGAUGACCUCCAAAGCCACACUCCACCUUUUCUACCCUAUGGUACUUUGGAUCCAUCAAGGCAUUUUGAGAUAAGUAGUUUUGAAUGUGUGGAUGUAGUAGUAGAAAACAAGGAGGAAUCCAAGAGAGGAACCAAGAGGACAGUCCCAAAACGGCAGAUCCAACUGAAGAGACGCAACAAUGAGGAAUCAAUGUCUACUGAGAAUACAGGAAAUGUUAUGGAUUUGCCGUUCCUACAGAGGCGCUCAAGAGACGUUUUUAUUCGCCAGCACAGCACCCCAGCAGUUGGGCACAAGGAUAUGUCCCAUCUAUCUGAAGGUGAAACUGAGAUUCAGGCUGAUAAGAAGAUGCUUCAGAAGUCUUCAUCAUUUGAUGAAACCUCAACCAAGACAAAAAUGGCUACCACCAUUAUCAAGAGUGUCCUUUCAAAGAAAAUGGAGACCAAAGAACCUUCAGGAAGUGAAGAAUCAAGCCCAUCUGAAGAUAAAAAGAAACACCCUGAACCUCUCGCUGUAGAACCAGGAGUAUCAGGCAACAUCGAGAGGCAUAUUGAGAGUUCUAGCCUACUUUCUGAAUGCAGUCUAUCAUCUGAUGACUACACUGGCAGAGAAGACAGAAGUCCUUAUCUUCAAAAAAAGAAGAGCUGUGCUCCCAAGGUUCCCCCCAAACCAAUCUUCAAACCUAGUUUUAUCCCAGCUUCCUUAAACUCUGGGAUAGCUGCACUUCAAGACAGAAUGCCGGGGGCUGAUCAAAUGCGGCCUAGAGUGGUUGAUCCAUUUAAAAGCAGAACACCUCCAAAGAAACAAAUUGUGCUAAACAGUGAAAAGGAGGCAGAAACUAGUGAUUUGAGAGAGAGGUCCAACCAUGACUCAGCAAAUACGACUGCCAAGAACACAACUCCUGCUGCCACCCGAGCUGCAAACACACAUAACAGAUUUGCAAACAGAGACUCUGAGUAUUGUGCAACACUGGAAACCCAUAAACAACAGGACUGCAAGAGGAUGUUCCUGUCAAAAACCUCUGAAAUCACUCUUAAGCAAUGCACCACCAAGGACAAGACUAAGUCUUCUCAGAAGGUUUCUUUCUCUCCUGCUCACUCAAUUGAUGAAUCCCAGUUAGAGGAAACACCUGAGUGGCAGACAAGAGUCAAACCAGACAGGCAGGUAGAGACUGAAAAUGAAGAAGAUGAAAAGCUCAACUCAAAACCAGUUAUGCAUAAAGUUAGGGAUGUCAGGAAGCUGGUAAAGAAUACAUAUAACCUUUCUUUUAAAGCGUCUAAUACUACUUUUCCUGUAGAAGGACCUGUAGAUGUCCCUCAAAAAGAGAAGGAAAUGCAAAAUCCUCACACCUUGCAUAUCGAGUGUAAAGCUAUCAGCACAAAGGAUAAGCAAGCAUCUGACAAAAAAGACUCCAGCAUGAAAGAAGAAACACCUCAUCCAGAUAAAUUAGGGAUGGAGGUGACUACAGAGAUUAACAUAAAAAAGAAUACUACUGAUAUAAAUGCCAAGACCUCCUUGCCAAUGGUGACGAUGGAGUCCAAGCAAAGGGUGAAAACUGUUCAAGUCUCUGAUGUGGAUAACAAACAAUGCAUAACUAAGUCCAAACCACCAGAAAAUACUGUGCAUGGUUUAGAUCUAGAAGUUCCUCCUAGACCUACAAGUAAGGAAACAUCAGCAUUGCUUUUUCUGCAGGAUGACACAUCCAGUGCUAAUUCCUGCUUGCAAAAGCCAGGAAGCCCUGCUCCAAUUCAUGGGAAGAGCAUGAGCAAUAGCCACUCUGUGUCCAUGAUACUGAAAGAAAAGGGGAUGCAAGCUGACAUAGGUGUGUGUGAAGUCCUAAAUGAAGGUAUCGGUGCAAUCCCUAAGCACAUCAACAGACUAGAGGUCCCACUACAAACUUGUGUACUGGAAGGAGCCUCAAAUGAUUCACAGAAAGACAAAAAGAUAGAUGAGAUACCUUGUGAACCAAAGAAAUCUGUUGAUGGUACCUUACAAGGAACUCAAUGUGUGUCACUGGUAAGAGGCUCUCCAAAGCCCAGGGAACUAAGAGUAAGUCCCAGUGGAACACUGACAGAUCAAACUAGCAAUCAGUUUCAUACAGCUUCAAUGCUACCUUCGAGGGAAGCAGAGAAAAUUACAACUCCUGCCACCUUAGUGCCAAAUAAAUUAUCACCUCCCCUCGCAUCAAACAAGUCAGAGAUUAGAUCAUUUUCUAGCAAUUCAAGUAAUAAAAGUAAUGCAAUGCCAGUUACUACAUCCAAAGAAAUUGAAUUACCUAUACAAGUGAGGUCAGUUUCCAGUGACAGACCAAAACCAGUGCCACUGAAGCCCAGCUAUAAACAGCCUUUUACAGAAAUGAGGUCAAUGUCAAGUGACUUGCCUAAAACAGAUAUCCCAUCAAUGUCGUCUAUUUUCAAACAGCAAACACAUUCAAAGAGUGAUGUUAAGAAGAGCGAGACAUCAUCAGUAGCAGUGGCACAGAAGGAGCAUUCAACUGAGGCUGCAUCAAACAGCAUCAAAAAGUUAUCUGUCUCAGCAGUAUCAAGCUACAAACCAUCUAUCCCAGCAACAGGUUCAAAAAAUUCUGAUUCUGAGCAGAAACCAACAGGACCCUCAGUUGCUACUUUGGCUAGACAACAGGUAUCCAUCACUUCAGUGCAAAACUCUGUAACCAGCAACCAGAACCAACUCAAUGUUACUGCUAGUGAAGAUCAAGCAGGACCAGUGAGUCCCAGUUCUUGCACAUCCAGUCACCCAGUCCUGCCAGUAGCAUCACAAAGCCAUACAUAUAUUCAGCCUUCAAAGACAGCAUCAUCAGUUACCAGUUACCAAUUACUCAAAGAUGACUUCCACUUCCAUGAAUCAGAUGAUCCACCAAGCUACGAUGAGCGAGAAAGCUUUAGCCCCCUGCUGCUUUCUGAUCUGCCCCCAAGGAGGCUCAAUCGAUACCAUCCCAGCAACAAACCAUCUUCGCACCCACAUCCUGGCAAUCCCUACCCAGGUCCACAAAACCGCACCCCACCAGCCUCAAGAGCCUCACCAGGACAGGUGAUUUCAUACCCUAGUGCUCCACCAAAAGCUCAGGUCCGUCCUCAUCAAACGAGACAAGACUGUCAGCCCUUAAAUUAUCCAUCAGUCUCACCAAAGAUUGCGAUCCCUCCUGCCCCUGCUAUGAUUCAACCUCUGAACCACUCAUAUCCCUGCCCUGCUCCAGCUGUACAGUCCUACAGUGAUGAGCAACCACCAUCUUCCACUCAGAUGCAGAUGGAGAGGCAUACUAAUCGGCGCUCACCACAAGCUGGGAGUGGUGCAGCUUACCGGGAGCAUAGCCAUUCACCCAACAUGGCUAUGGACCCUAGAUCUCAGUUUUUUGGUUCGCAUGAUUUACCACCUGCUUUUAGCCAUGAUUAUGGAAGUGAUGGUCCGGGGGGUAGUAGUGUAUUGUACCCAGAAAAUGCCAGUGGACUUGGGUAUGGGCAAGGUCCUCGUCGUGUGCUUCUAGACCCUGAAACUGGCAAGUACUUUUAUAUUGAAGUACCAGUGCAACCAUUAAGAAAAAUGCUUUUUGAUCCAGAAAUUGGGCAAUAUGUCGAAGUCCUAAUACCUCAACAGGCUAUGUCCCAUUCUGGUAUGUACCCUCCACCUGCUGCUCCGUACCCCUCACUCCAUGGUCCAGGGUUAUAUGCACCACAGUACCUCCCCUACGGUGCACCACCUCAUCCCCAGUCUGCCCAGCAACCACGACAUCCAGAGACAUCUGUCUCCACUUCACUCCAUCAAACCAGCAUGGGAUAUGGAGGCUCAGCAGGCCAGAUGCCGAAAUCAGAAGCAAAAAGCCAUCCAUCGAUGGAUCAGAGUUAUUUAGAGAGCAUGUAUUACAUUCCCAGUGGGAUUAAUGCAAGCCCUAAUUCUACCCCUUCAGACUGCUACCACAAACCAUCACCAAAUAUUCCUGCCUCUUCAGGCAGGAGAGUGUGAUCUAGCAUACUGUUAAAAUUACAUGAUCUUUGAGGAACUUUUGUUGUUUUCAGUUGUGAAGGAUCCUCUCAAUAUGCUUUCGACAGACAUGUUUCUUCUAAAAAAAAAAAAAAGUUUGUUAAUGGUUACUGCUCCUCCACAGUUUCAAACUGCUCCUCAGGGGUCUUAAGAUUUUAACAGGCACAGCCUUUGGUAAUUUUGUCAGAUAUUUACACCUUAAACACAGUUUUUUUGUUUGUUUCUAGGCUACUUGUUUACACAUACUGUAUGGAUACUGAAAUUAAUGGGACACCUGCUUAUUCAUUGUUUCUUCUGAAAUUACAUUAAAAAGAGUUUAUCCUA